UCAUUGGUUAAUGACCACCAAAUUAAGUCUACAACAUCUCAAGUCUAAUUUUCCUUGUUUCACAAGUUCAUCGACAUCUUCUUCAAGUUUUUAUAAACUUGAUUACCAGUCUUUCCUCUCAAGAUAACAAUGGGGUUCCGUCUUCCAUCUGUAAUUCCUGCUAAGAAACUUCUUCGACGGUCUUUUUCAAAUUCAAGUCAAGAAGUUUCGAAUAAUUUAGCAGAUGUCCCAAAAGGUUAUUUUCCAGUUUAUGUUGGCAAGAGUGAGAAGCAGCGGUUUGUUGUUCCUAUAUCCAUCCUCAACCAGCCUUCAUUUCAAGACUUGCUAAGUGAGGCUGAAGAAGAAUUCGGAUAUGAUCACCCAAUGGGCGGUGUAACGAUUCCCUGCGGACAAGAUACAUUCCUUGUUCUCAUUUCCCGCUUGAGUGCCUUGUGAGACUGGAUGCAUAAUGGAGAACAAUUACAUGAACUCUGUGAUUGUUACAAUUUUGUACAUUGGAAAAGUUCCACAUCUUGUACAUUUUCUUUUGAUCCAGGAGGAAGAAUAAUUGUCCCCCUGGGAUCAGAUUAUGUAAAUGUAGACUGUAGCAAUAUUCAUAUGUUCUUUACAAUAAAGAAUUAUUGUCCCCCUGGAA